AUGCAGCGAGAACGCGAGCGUGCAACCCCGAAUCGUUGGAAACAUGUCCCCAAGUUGCCGUGCUUGGUAGUGCUUGCUUUCUAUUGUGUGUUGUAUGUCUACACGGUCAGCCAGUCUUUGCGUCGACAGGACGGGCAUUUGGUGAAUACCGAGUGCGACGCCCCACUCACAGUGGCCGGUGAUUGCAAGCUGUAUGAACUUGCCAAAUCACCUUUGGGCCUACCUUUUCAGUUGGCGAAUUUUUCGAAGCUUGCUGUAGACUACAUUCUCAUCGGUGAGCAGACGCGCUACACCUACAACAAGUCGGAGCCCUUCCUCCGCGUGUUGGGUUCUGGCUCGGACCGCUUUGAUACCAAGCGACAGGCGCCGCUCGGGGAGUACCAGUUUUACAGUGACCCGGGCCUUUGGGAGCGUCUUGAUGCUGCAGUGCGCCCGACGCGCUUUCCACAGGAGUGCUUCGGCAAACGGCUCCGGACUCUGGAGUGGUCAUUGGAGGCUGUGCCCGCUUGGGAUGACCGUCUUUUCGAAAUGAUAGGUAAGUUGGGCCAGAUCUUGCCUCUUUUUCUCGUUGCGCUGAUUCCGCGGGGCUUCUGCCGCUGGAGCAAAAGAGAAUCAAUGACAUGGAACGUCGCCUUGGGAUUCGUUUUCUGUUUCUUAGGGCACGGCCUCAUGGGUGGUGGCUUGCUGAUGACUUGGGCAGGGGCCAAUUUCAUGUUAGCGAGAACAUGCGCCAGGAGGCCUUUCGCCCUCGCCGUGACGUGGUCCUUCAACCUCCCUAUCAUGUUGUUAGGCUUCCGCUAUUUGGGACCCCUGGACUAUUGGGACAAUUUUUGCGGUGGAGGCCCAGAGCAGGAAUUACGUUACGCUGGUAGGUGCAGCGACCUACACAAAGCAUUGCAUUGGACUGUGGAGGAGCUUCCCUUCAUGGUCGGUUUCGCAGGGCUUUGUCCGUGGCAUUCUAUCCGCUUUGUCACGUUGCGGAUGAUAGCUUUUUUUAUCGAUUACGUCCAUGCAAUUCGGGAUACCCCUCCUGGUUUGCGAUUGGAGAACAAGCCAGAUUUGAUAGUGCGACAGGAAACGAAUUUACCUCUUUACCGCUAUACAUUCGGACACUGUGUCGCAUACCUAUUUUAUCCUCCUUUGUAUUGGGGUGGUCCAAUAAUCAACUUCAAUGCAUUCGUAUCGCAAGUUUACGAACCACAGGGGACAUAUUCGGCUAAGGAAGUAACGAUAUACUGCUUUCGGCUUGCUUUGACGGCUUUGGUCACGGUCAUUUGCCUGCACUUCAACUACGCAUCGGUACUCUUGUACCGCAAAACUCCCCCACCUGUCCGGCACGACAUCGGGGUAUGGGAGAUGUGGGGUCUCGUUCACUGGAUGUUGCAGUAUCAGUGGUUGUCGCUUGUUGUGCUUUGGCGUCUCAGUCGAGCUGUUGCGCUGCUGGACGGCAUCGACGUGCCAGAGAACAUGGGUUGGUGGACUUUGCGUCGAUGCUAA